UGAUUGUCCGCGCAGUUAGUUGACGUUGUCAGCUUGUGUCGCAAAUACGAAGACUCCCAAUGGCUGCCGAACGGCUUUUGAUGAUCGCGUUGACGAUCCUUUUUAGCAUCUGUCUGCCAGCGGAUGGCGGCCGACUGAGCUCACCGCUGAUGCGCUCCAGAUUCAACGUGGAUCCGGGCCGGAUUAUCAAUGGCACCGAGGCCUCCAUGGAGGCCACCAGGCACCAGGCCAGCCUGCGACGUCGCCUCAACGAUGGCUACUUCUUUGGCACCGGCCACAUUUGCGGCGGCUCCCUGAUCAAGCCCAAUGUGGUCCUCAGCGCUGCCCAUUGCUUCGUGGAUCAGGAUAUCUACGAUGGCACCUUUCUGCCCAAAGAGGACAUCAUUGUGGUCAUGGGCAAUUUGGAUCGCUUCGAGAAGGCCAACACUUUAACCUUUGACAUUGAGCAGCUGAUGUUCCAGCUGGAAAAAUUUGAUUUGUCGACAUACGACAAGGACAUCGCACUGGUUUUUCUAAGUGGGUCAGUGCCGGCUUAUCAUCCCACGAUACGACCCAUUGGACUGACUGCUCUAACGGUGCCGAGUGGAAUCGUGUGCCAGGUCACAGGGUGGGGCUACACCGAGGAGGGCUACAGUCCCGAUUUACUCAUGACCGUCGAUGUGCCCAUAAUCAGUGAGACGCAGUGCAUCAACGAUAGCGGCCUGGGUCACUUAAUAUUGCCCGGCAUGAUCUGUGCCGGCUACAUGGAAGGAGAGCGUGAUGCCUGCAACGGUGACUCCGGCGGACCCCUCGUCUGUCAAAGCCAACUGGCGGGCAUUGUCUCCUGGGGCAUUGGCUGUGCCCAGCCCAUGCUUCCAGGCGUUUACACCGAUGUCUCUUACUACUACGACUGGAUAAUCGAGAAUAUCUCUGAGUCGGGCAGCGGCGAGGGAAGCGGAGAGGGAAGCGGAGAGGGAAGUGGAGAAGGAAGUGGAGAGGGAAGUGGAGAAGGAAGUGGAGAAGGAAGUGGAGAGGGAAGUGGAGAAGGAAGUGGUGAGGGAAGUGGAGAGGGAAGUGGAGAAGGAAGUGGUGAGGGAAGCGGAGAGGGAGAGGGCGAUGGCGUCGGUAUCAUUACAUUUUCAUUCGGCUUGAGCAUUGCAGUGCCUGUGCUGCUCGGCCUAUGCCACGUGUCUUAG